AUGAAGUUCGGUAGGCGGAUCAAAGACUCUCGGUAUGCCGAAUGGGCUGAUCAAUAUAUCGAUUAUUCAGGAUUGAAGAAACAGAUCAAAUCGAACUUGCCUUGGAAUGAUACCGCCGAAGCCAAUUUCAUUCAAUCGUUGAAAAAUGAAUUGGCCAAAUGUGAGAAAUUCCAAAGAGAGAAAUCGGAAGAAUUGAUGAGGAAAAUAACUGGAUUAGAGAAAGAAGUUAGAGGAUUGGUUGAGAAAGCAGGAUUAGAGCAUGAAUCCGGUGAUGAUGUUGAUGAAGGAGAAAGUGAAGAUCAAGGAGGAAACGAUCAUCGUACUCCAGGAGACGUAGAGAGACAUGUCAAAGAUCUAAGAGAUGAUGAUGGAGGAAGUGAUGACGAUGAUGGUGAUGACGAUGAUGAUGAUGCUUCAAGUGACAUAUCGAUCGAUGCAAUCGAAGAAAGGUUUAGGGAAUUAGAAGAAGAAGUAGCUGUCUUGGUAGCGGACGUUCAUGAUUUAGCUUUAUUCACUAAAUUGAAUUUCACUGGUUUCAUCAAGAUAGUCAAGAAACAUGAUAAAUUGACCGGGUUUUCACUCAAACCUACUUUUAACAAAGACUUCCUCGAAAGACACCCUUUCUACAGAAUGAACUAUGAUCCUCUCAUCGUAAAGCUAUCUAAAUUGUUCGAUUUGGUCAGGACAAGAGGUCAUCCAGUCGAAGGUGAUUCUUCUGCCGGUGGAAGCCAAAACGCUUUCGUUCGAAGUACUACAAAAUACUGGGUGCACGACGAAAAUAUCGUUCCUCUCAAAUUGGCAAUCAUGAAACAUCUCCCUGUUCUUGUCUUCGAUCCAAAUAAGGAAUUCUCUAAAGCCGAUUCUGCCAUCACAUCCAUCUACUUCGACAACGAGGAUCUCGAGCUCUAUCUUGGUCGACUAGAGAAGACUGAAGGUGCCGAAGCUAUCCGUAUGCGAUGGUACGGUGAUGUCACUGGAACCACAGUCUUUGUCGAACGGAAAACCCAUCGAGAAGACUGGACCGGUGAAAAAUCAGUCAAAGAGCGAUUCACCAUCAAAGAAGGCAAGAUGAAUGAUUUCCUCGCUGGCCAUCAUACAAUGGAUGAAGAGUUCGAUGCUCUAGUCAAGAAAGGCAAAAAAUCCGAAAAAGAAGUUGAGGGAAUGAAACAGCUUGCAAACGAGAUUCAGUAUGCCAUCAUCACCAGAAAGCUGAGACCUGUCAUGAGAACAUUCUAUAACAGAACUGCUUUCCAGCUUCCCGGUAAUGCGACUGUCCGAAUUUCCCUUGACACGGAGCUCACCAUGGUAAGGGAAGACAAUUUUGAUGGUAACGACCGAACAAACGGAAAUUGGCGACGUAACGAUAUCGGAAUUGACCAUCCCUUCGGUAAUCUCACUCCCUCCGAAAAAGAGCUUUUCCCAUACGGUGUACUCGAGGUCAAACUCGCGACCAAAGUCGGUGAAGAACCUCCUCAAUGGAUUAGGGAUUUGAUCGAUAGUCAUCUGGUUGAGGCUGUGCCUAAAUUCUCUAAAUUCAUCCACGGUUGUGCGUCUCUAUUACCUGAACGAGUGGAUUUGGUUCCUUUCUGGUUACCUCAAAUGGAUCAAGAUAUCCGAAAACCCGUUCAAGCUAAAUCACGAGUAUUGAUCGAAAGACCACACUCAAACGCUCAUUCCUCUACAUCCAAUACUAAUUCUGCAAUUCACUCACCUGCGAGAUCAAGUCAACCUUCAUAUCAUGAACCUGUUUCUGAAGGUGAGGAAGACGAAGAAUUCAUGGUUCAGACUGCGAGAAACGAAGAUGAUUAUCUUCGACUUCCACCUGGAGCAGCAGCUGAAGCUAGAGCAGCGAGGGAUUUCCGAGAACAAAAACUGAGAGAAGAAGCUGCUUCAAGGGCCGGUGCAAGUAGAACUGUCAACGGUAACGGUUCUGCUUCAAAACAAUCUCAACCUACAUCAUCAAAAGCAAACGGCAAUGGAGAUGCCUUCAUCGAUGGAUUGCCAAAAUCGAAAUAUGAUCCUUCUUUAAGAAUCGAUCCUUUAGCUUCAAGUGAUAGAUUCGACAAAAACGUCUCUAUCCUGGAUGCCAAAUCAUUGAAAAAAUUGAAUGAAGCAGCUGCGAAAAACGAACAGGCUAAAAAAGCAAUAGCUCAACAAGAUGACUCUGAAGAUGAGGAUGAUGGUGGUGAAGGACAAGAAGACGAAGACGAUAAUCAAGUCAUUUACGUCAGUCAGUUCCAAGCUCCACCCGGUAAAAGAAUCUCUGUACCAGUCAGAGUUGAACCCAAAGUGGUUUUUGCCGCUGAAAGAACAUUCUUAAAGUGGGCACAUUUCGCUAUUCUUUUAUCGGGAGUAUCGAUAACUCUACUCAAUUUCAUCCCGCCAGACGAUUCGAUCGGAAUGAUCUCAGCUUUACUAUUCACAUUAACCGCUUUACUUGCCAUCGUAUACAGUGGAGGAAUGUACGCUUACAGAAUAUUGAAAUUGAGGAAAAGGAUGGCGAUUGAUUAUCAUGAUAAAUACGGUCCAACAGUCUUAACUGCAGCUUUAAUAGGUAGUGUUUUGGUUAAUCUUGUUCUGAGAUUAAGGGAACUGUAA